CUUCCUGGCACCAUCCAAACUCCGCUGUCCCUUGGAACAGUCUACCUAAGAUCCGGAUCCCUCUGACCGAGCAUCGUCUUCUUCGACUUCAUUAUGCCGCUCCUCGCACAGAACCCCACUCCCCGGGUUAUCCUCGGCUUGAUGACCUUUGGCCCCAAUGAAGCUGAGGGUGCUCGGAUUACCUCCCUUGAGGAUUUCAACAAAUGCCUGGACUAUUUUCAACAGCAAGGUUUCAAUGAGGUCGACACGGCCAGAAUCUAUGUUGGAGGAGAACAAGAAGCGUUCACUGCUGAAGCCAAAUGGAAGGAACGUGGUCUGACUCUGGCAACAAAGGUGUAUCCGAAAGUCCCGGGCACUCACAAGCCUAAUGUCUUGCGAGAAACACUCGAAACAUCUUUGAAGCAGCUGGGAACAGAGAGUGUUGACAUCUUUUAUCUGCAUGCACCCGACAGGUCGGUUCCCUUCGCGGAAACCUUGGAAGCUGUCAAUGAAUUGCACAAGGAAGGCAAAUUCGUAGAACUCGGUCUGAGUAACUACACUGCCUUCGAGGUUGCGGAGAUUGUGACCAUCUGCAACGAACGAGGCUGGGUCCGGCCAACAAUUUACCAGGCCAUGUACAAUGCCAUCACACGCAGCAUAGAGACCGAGCUAAUCCACGCUUGCAAGCGCUACGGCAUUGACAUUGUAAUUUACAACCCCCUUGCUGGUGGACUCCUCUCGGGCAAGUAUAAGACCCAAGAUGUGCCAGAAGAAGGUAGGUACAGUGACAAGGCCCAUAGUGGAUCAUUGUACCGCAGUCGGUAUUUCAAGGAUGCUACCUUUGACGCUCUAAGAAUUAUCGAGCCUGUCGUGGAAAAGCAUGGAUUGACAUUGCCCGAGACUGCAUUUCGGUGGAUCCGUCAUCACUCUGCGUUGAAUAUCAACGAUAAUGGCCGUGAUGGAAUUCUUGUCGGAGUGAGUAGCCUUUCUCAACUGGAAAGCAAUCUCAAGGAUAUCCAGAAAGGCCCGCUACCCGAUGAAGUGGUUGAGGCUCUGGACAAGGCCUGGUUGGUUGCAAAGGCUUCGGCUCCCGACUAUUGGCACCUCCAGCUCAAAUAUACAUACAAUACCAAAGAGGCAUUGUUCAAGCCUAGUGCCAAGGCUUGAGUGCAUACCAGGGUAUCUGGCAAGAAUUUAAACUGGGAGAAUGCGACAAUAGGAAUGAAUAUUCAUGACAGCAGUUCCAACUCGCUUCGCGAUGG